GCAGAAAAAAAGCUAUACAAUUGGAUUAUCGAACAGAGAAAGCAAGGAUUGGGUGUGUCUUAUGAACUUGCAUGUAUUGAGAUACUUAAUAUUUUAAAGGAACCUGAUAUGAUGAUUCUUUAUGGCAAUUCAACAGAAGAUUUUAAAACAUCAAAUCAUUGGAUGUCUACAUUUAUGAAAAGAUAUCAACUAUCUUGGCGAAAAAGGAAAUCUUUUAAAUUAUCUAACAUUCUUAAUAUAGAUGUGACUUCUGUCUGGUUUGACAUGAUUAGAAACUUUACUAUUGAUCAAAAAGAUAGAAUGAAGCUUCCUCCAAUUUGCAUUUUCAAAGGUAAACGAUUACCACGUGGUGAAAAAAUUUCAUCUAGUAUCAUCGUUUGGUUUCAAGAUAAUGGAUAG